AUGGCUAUGUUGAAGUGUUUGCUUGCAGCAGCUUCGGUGUUCAUCUCUCUUUUGGUUCACGGCGUGGCCGGUGAUAACAUGACUACUUGGUUUACUGGUGCGACUGCGUCGUUUUACGGCGACAUGCGUGGCAGAGGAACCAACCAUGGGACCUGUGGCUACGGUGAUCUGAAGAAACAAGGCUAUGGCUUAAAGACUACAGCUCUCAGCGCAGCACUCUUUAACGACGGCCUUGCUUGUGGCGGUUGUUACGCGCUAAUGUGUGUCGAUGAUCCAAAAGGGUGCUUACCCAAUGCUGGUGCUGUCUUAGUUACAGCAACCAAUUUUUGCCUCUCAAAUUAUAGUAAGCCUCCAGAGGGCACCAACAACUGGUGCAACCCACCAUCGAAACACUUCAGAUUGUCACUACCGAUGUACACCAAAAUCGCAGACAGAAAAACUCCGAUGGUACCAGUUAUGUAUCGCAGAGUCCCGUGUGCUAAAGCUGGAGGAGUAAAGUUCCAACUGGUGAAGGGCGAUUCUAGUAUGAUGUGUGUGUUACUGUACAAUGUCGCCGGUGCCGGUGAUGUUUCUGAUGUCAAUAUCAAGGGUUCUGAUAGUUCCGGUUGGCUUCAGAUGACAAGAAUUCAAGGCCAAACGUGGCAGAUCGCAAACGAGUUACAAGGCCGAAGCUUGUCGUUCCUAGUUACCACUAGUGAUGGGAAGAUGGUAGAGUUUGAUAACAUUGUGUCCAAUAAUUGGCGAUUCGGUGAGACCUAUGAUGGGAUCAAAAAUUUCUGA